AUGGCUGAAGCCAAAUCUAUCCAGCCCUUCGGCAUCGCCCGAUCUACCGUCAAGGGCGAGCCACUCUCCCCCGAGGAGAUCAAGGAGUACAAUGACUUCUUCAAGGCCAGCUGCUACUUGUCCCUGGCCAUGAUCUAUCUCAAGGAGAACCCUCUUCUCCGUGAGCCCCUCAAGCCCGAGCAUCUCAAGCUUCGUCUCCUCGGUCACUUCGGCUCUGCUCCUGGCCAGAUCUUCACCUACAUGCACUUCAACCGUCUUAUCAAGAAGUAUGACCUUGACGGUCUCUUCAUCUCUGGCCCCGGCCACGGUGCUCCCGCAGUCCUCUCGCAGUCCUACCUUGAGGGUGUCUACUCGGAAGUCUACCCUGAAAAGUCCCAAGAUCUGGAAGGCCUGCAGAAGUUCUUCAAGAGCUUCUCGUUCCCCGGCGGCAUUGGCUCCCACGCUACCCCGGAAACUCCAGGGUCUCUGCACGAGGGUGGCGAGCUGGGCUACUCAGUCUCUCAUGCCUUUGGCGCCGUUUACGACAACCCUGAUUUGAUUGCUGUGACCAUGGUUGGUGACGGUGAGGCCGAAACUGGUCCCCUCGCUACUGCUUGGCAUAGCAACAAGUUCCUCAACCCUAUCUGUGACGGUGCUGUCUUACCCGUCCUUCACCUCAACGGCUACAAGAUCAACAACCCGACCCUUCUUGCCCGAAUCUCACACAAAGAGCUUGAAAACUUGUUCCUCGGUUAUGGCUGGACCCCGUACUUCGUUGAGGGCGAUGACAUUGAGUCUAUGCACCAGGCAAUGGCCGCCACCCUUGAGCAGUGUGUGACUGAGAUCAAAAAGAUCCAGAAGGAGGCCCGUGAAUCUGGCGAAGCCGUCCGUCCUAAAUGGCCAAUGGUCAUUCUUCGAAGCCCCAAGGGCUGGACUGCCCCUCGAAAGAUCGAUAACAACUACCUUGAAGGUUACUGGCGCGCUCAUCAAGUUCCCAUCACUGACCCCGCAACCAACCCCGCCCACCUGAAGAUUCUCGAGGAUUGGAUGCGCAGCUACGAGCCCGAGCGUCUGUUCGAUGAAGAGGGCAAGCCAAUUGCAGCCGUUACGGCUCUCUGCCCUGAAGGUAUCCGCCGAAUGAGCGCCAACCCUGUGGCAAACGGCGGUCAGCUCAAGAAGCCGCUCAAGAUGCCCGACUUCAGGAACUAUGCCAUCAAAGUUGAUGCCCCUGGAAACACUAUGGCCGCCAGCAUGACCAAUAUGGCUGUCUUCCUCAAGGACAUCGUUGCCGGUAACAUGCACAACUUCCGACUGUUUGGCCCUGACGAGACCGAGUCCAACAAGCUCGGUGGCGUCUACGAUGCCGGCAAGAAGGUCUGGAUGGGCGAGUACUUUGAAGAGGAUAAGAAUGGUGGAAACCUUGCCAAGGCUGGCCGUGUCAUGGAAAUGCUUUCCGAGCACACCUGCGAGGGCUGGCUCGAGGGCUACAUUCUCAGUGGCCGCCACGGCCUGCUCAACAGUUACGAACCCUUCAUCCAUGUCAUUGACUCAAUGGUCAACCAGCACUGCAAGUGGAUCGAGAAGUGUCUCGAAGUUGAGUGGCGCAACAAGAUUGCCUCUCUCAACAUUCUGUUGACUGCCGUCGUCUGGCGACAGGAUCACAACGGCUUCACUCACCAAGAUCCUGGUUUCCUCGAUGUUGUAGCCAACAAGAGCCCCGACGUUGUCCGUAUUUACCUCCCCCCCGAUGGCAACUGCUUGCUUUCUGUCAUGGAUCACUGCCUGCGUUCUGUCAACUACGUCAACGUUGUCGUCGCGGAUAAGCAGGAGCAUCUUCAGUACCUUUCUAUGGAUGCUGCCAUCGAGCACUGCACCAAGGGUAUCGGCAUCUGGCCCCAGUUCAGCACCGACGCAGGACUAGAGCCCGAUCUUGUCAUGGCGUCAUGCGGUGACGUUAGCACGCACGAGUCGCUUGCAGCCAUCGACCUCUUGCUGGAGCACUUCCCAGAGCUCAAGAUCCGCUGCGUAAACUGCGUCGAUCUUUUCAAGCUGAUCCACCCCAGCGAUCACUCACACGGGCUGACUGACAGCGAGUGGGUUAGCCUGUUCACGGAUGACAAGCCCGUGAUCUUCAACUUCCACAGCUAUCCGUGGAUGGUGCACCGCCUGACAUACAAGCGCCCUGGAAGCCGCAACCUCCAUGUCCGAGGCUACAAGGAGAAGGGUAACAUUGACACCCCUCUUGAGCUGGCCAUCCGCAACCAGACCGACCGCUUUAGCCUGGCCAUCGAUGCUAUUGAUUGGAUGCCUCAUCUGCACAACCGGGGCACGUCGGCUCGCCAGGCUCUGCUCAACGCCCAGAUCGAGGCCCGAAACCAGGCAUUCGAGACGGGUAUGGACCCGGCAUUCCUCAAGGACUGGACGUGGAAGCGUAACGGAAUGUGGAGGAAGACUGGUGACGGUCUCGUUUCGAGAUAG